ACUUUUACAUAUGGAAUAAAAUUUCUGUCGUCUGUUGUUGUGUCGGUUUGUCAGAUGGAGCGGCAACUAUUCGUUUAAUUGGAACAAUUUUUUGUAAUGACUAAAAUGUAUUCGUGUUUACGCAUAACGAGAGACUUUCCAAAUACCUUUAGUUUUAUAAUAUCGAAAGUUAUCGAAUUGGCGAAGUAAUGUUUUUGUAAGGUACAAUUACGUUUAUUUACUUGUGCAGCCAGUAAUCUCAUCACAUUGACAACCUUACAGAUGGAUGCCAGCCUGGUAGUAACCCUGGAUAACCUUUACCCUGCCCUCAUCCAGUGCUUUGCUGUUAUCAUAUGUGGGUAUGUUGCGGGCAGGAUUGGACUGGUCACGGAGGAGCAGUCGUCAGGUCUCAACACGUUUGUCGGCACGUUCAGUCUCCCCUCACUCAUUUUCCUGUCACUGGCCUCACUCAAUCUGUCAGAUGUCAACUGGUACUUUCUGUUGGCAAUACUGGUCUCCAAGGCUCUGGUGUUCCUCUCUGUAGUCCUAGUCACACUGCUCGUGUCUCGACCGUUCAGUGCUGCUCGAGCUGGUCUCUAUGCCAUAUUUUGCACUCAGAGCAAUGACUUUGCCAUCGGUUUUCCUAUAGUCUUGGCUCUGUACAAGACGACACACCCAGACUACGUAAACUACCUCUACCUCCUAGCCCCAGUGUCUUUGGCGAUACUCAACCCAUUUGGUUUUGUGUUGAUGGAGGUGAGCCGAAAUCGUGCAGGCGAGAAUGAACAAAGCAAAUGGACUACAGUCGCCAAUGUUGCACGUAACAUUGCUACCAACCCGAUAGUCUUCAUGACCACCCUUGGCAUGUUGGCCAACGUGCUCUUCAACCACACUCUACCUCCUGCCAUGGAGGAUGUUCUAAACGUGUUCGGGUCUGCCUUCACAGGCACUGCUCUGUUCUUACUAGGACUAAGAAUGGUCGGCAAGGUGCAGAAGCUUCAUGGCUUUGCGCUUUUGGUGCCUGGAAUACUCAUUGCUGUCAAAUUGUUGGCACUUCCAUUGGUUACCAGGGAAGUGGUAAGCCUGAUCCUUCAGUUUAGCCAGCACAAUAGUACAGAAGUCCAAGAUCUGAGUACUUAUGGUUUUCUUUAUGGAACGUUUCCCUCGGCCCCUAGCGUAUUCGUUUACGCUACAAGCUAUUCUAUGGAUGUAGAUUUGAUAGCAUGUGCGAUGGUGGCUUGUACAUUCCUGUCAGCCCCUCUCAUGUUCGCCUCAGCCAAGAUGGUGAUAGCCUCCAACCUGGACCCCAAACAGUUCAUGAAGACUCUGAACCUGUUUGAGUUCGACAUCAGUAUCGCUGCAGUACUGGCUGCUAUUUGGAUGUUGGUGCUUUUCGUAGCGAACAAGAGCUAUCAGAACUUCCACCAGAGAAUGGUGUUGUACUUAGUCAUUUCACAGCUGGUAGGAUGUGUUGGAUUCCUGCUGGGCCACAUUCCUCUGACUCCUGUACAUUAUGCUCACUUCAUCCUGGAGACAGUGGGGGAUCUGAGUGCACGUCUGUGGACCUGCCUUCUGGCCACAGCCUUGCUACUUGUGGAGUGCCACAACCUCUGCAGCCUCAUGCGACUGCAGCCUCUUUUCCUCUUUGCUGCCUGGGGGUUGCCCACCCUGGCUGUGGCCAUGUUGAUGAUGACAACCACACCACAGCCGGUAGGAACAGGAGAGAACUAUGAGUACGGUAGAACACAAGCUGCUGUUAUACUGUUUGUGCUUAUUACUUCGUUGGUUGUGACUGUGGGCUGUCUGAUCCUGCACCAAUGGUACCUGAGGAGACAGAAGCAGUAUCUGCUGCUGGUUCGGGAGACUAAUGAAUCCUCCAGUCAUCCAGCAGCGGUGGACCACAGUCCUGUCCAUAACGGUGGGAUGGUGUCUCCCCGAAGAGGAUCCAACAAACCAGAGGACAGGGAAGGCCUGUGCUCGGCAAAACCAAGUAUAAAUGACCGAGGCCACCCAGAGAGACAGACCAGUGAGGAGCGACAGAUGGCCAGUCAGGAGGAUAACAUCUUGAGACUCAUCGUUCUGUUGGUGUUUCUCACCUGUUCUGUCUUUAUCAGCCUGUCAGUCUGUAUAUGGAGGGUUGUGAUGGAGGGUAUCACAGGUGUGUAUGUGGAACUGCUAUUUCUGGACGCAAGUCUCAACAGAGGCCAAAGCCUGCUUGUGCUGGCUGUAUAUGGGCUGGACAGCAACACCAUUCUGGAGCCUCUCCUCUCAAGAGUAACGAGGCUGUGGUACGGAGGUGAGACGCUGCAGUUGCCGGCUUGGGAGGAUUUGUCGUUCGAGACACGCCACGUCUGUGAGCAGUUUAUCAGCCAUCAUCUGGACCAGUGCCGUCAGGAUAUCAUCACCGAUACCAGGUGGCGACUUCGGCGGUACAGGCAGGUGUUCAGUGGCUCGUCUCUUGUCAGCUGGCUGGUGGCCCACUCGGUGGUGGCGGACCGAAGCCAGGCGGCAGAAUACUGCAGCCACCUGGUGUUGGGUCGAGUGAUAGCACAUGUGGGUGGCUCCCAACCCUUCCUCGACCACUCAGACACGUGGUAUGGCUUCGUCUCGCACAACUAACCCUCACUGCUCGGCCUACCCCUGGCCACCCUGCAGCGUCCCGCACACUCCGGCUUGUUCGUCAUCAGCUGUUACAGCAGCACCACCUCACUCUAGUCACCUCUCCUUGUCUGUCCCCUGUUUGAUUUUAACAUAAUAAUUUAUUUAUUUAUCAUACUACUAUCAUUUUAUUUACUAUCAUAGACGUACUUUAAAUUUUAAAGUUUUGACUGUGUUUACGUCAAGUUUAAAAAAAUGUUUUAAUACGCUAUGUAGAACUAUUUUCUGCAUCUACAAAGAGGAAUUGCGUUCUAAAAAUAGUUUAUAGCUUAAUAAAAAAAUAAUUUGUUUGGUAUGGUUUAACACGUUCAAUCUCGGUGACGCCAUGGUGGCUUUGUGCACAUGUCACACUACUAGUACAGGGUUAUUUUUAAGCCACCGAAUUCAAUAAUAAAUUUUAAUUAUUAUUAUAUUAAAUGUUUAUUUUGAUAUCUAAGAAUACCAAAAAACCUUUAUUUCCGGAACUCAGUCCCUGAAAUAGGGCUGGGGUUGAACGUGUUAUAGAGUUAGGCCAAUUCAGAUUUUUGAUAACAGAAUUACUCAGUUUUUAUUAGUAACAAGAUGUCAAUAGUCCUCAACAUAUUGAUUCUCUUUAUUAAAUUAUAGUCCUGAGUUUCCAAUUUGAAUUCUGUUUUUUUUUUUUUAAGGAAUAGAUCUUCUCUGGUUCUUAUUUUGGCUGAUUCUAGUGCUAUGUAUUGUUCGAUAGUUCAGAUACUCUGGAAAAUUGCAUCUUGUCCGAUAACAGUGACCAGUAAAAUUAAAAUAAUGUUUGAUUAAAACUAUAUUGAAUGUUAGCAUACAUUGUCUGUUGUAACAGAAUUCCUUGGUGAACAGGAUUUGAUUGAGAAACCGUCAACAGAAUCCCUUUGGAAUCUUUUCAUCUACCUAAAACAUAAACAAUUGUGUAAAAUGUAACUGAUAGCAUCAAUGAUCGACUAAACAAACCUUUCAUAUUCUUAAGUAUCUCUGUAUAACUCUGUUACCAAUUAUUAAUAGUUUAGUAGGCUAGUUGUUCUUUGAAUAUUUCUUUAUAGUUCAUUAUGAAAAAUUGCUUGCAUAAACCCAGUCUUUGUGAAAGUUCAAAUAGUGACUCUAAAAGCCCGGCAUUAUUAAUUUCAUCAUUAAUUUGUGAUGCUAACAUGUGUGUAUUCCAAAUUUAAAUAGGGUUGCACAAUGCAAGCUUCCAAUUAUAGACCAAUAUCACUAAUACUUACCUUCCCAAAAUUAAUUGGAACAGUUUUCUUGGCCAGACUCUUAGAGCACUUAUCCCUUAACGAUUCCCUUAUAGGUACAUAUUUUAAGAUGAAUCAUACUACAGUUUUUUUAUUUUGUACACUUGUACAGAAAUCAUCAAUAUAUAACUAGAAUGUUUUUUAGUUCAUUAGUCACAAGAAAUUAAUUAAUUGUAUAACCAAUAUGUGGAUAAAAUUAAAAGCCAAAUUAAUAAAAUACAAAUAAAUAGAUAACACAAUAAAGUAUUAAAAGUGAUGGAUCAAUAUCUCUCCUCAAAUGGUAAAAACUGAAACCUUGUGGCAAAUAUCUUCAAUGUAGAUAUUAUACAGAAUACAGUUGUCAUCUGUCAUGAGGGCACUUUAUCACCUUCAGCGUGUCAUGAGUAACCGGUGACUGGUGCAGUAUUUAAUAAGCAAAGUAAAUCAUUUUCACCUUUGCUAUAGUUGUUCUAGAGUUGUUGCUAGAGUUAGUAACUGUUAACCGUAGUACUAAGACUGGAUUUCCACUAUCAACAGUAGUUGGUACAGUGGGACCUCUGUGUUUUAUCAUUUUUUUUUUACUAAGAUUGACUGUUUUGAGCAAAAUUCAAUACGUAACAGACAGGCCUGUGCUGGGUACUUUGAAAGGGGCGGUGGAUAAGAGUAGUGAGGGCGGUUCAGGGAUGCAGAUUUUGACACAAGGCAUAAAGAGCCUAAAGGAAGACCACAAAGAUUUUAAAGAUGAAGAAUUGGAGAACAUAUCGGAAGAAGAUUCUUGAUACACAAGAAGAACUUGUGGUAACAUUGGGAGUAAUUCAACAAACCAUUUCGGUACGUUUAAAAACCAUGGGUAUUAUCCAGAAAC